AUGGAUGAUGACUUUUGGAAAAAAUCAAAACAAGUCCUCAAGUUUACAAAGCAUGUAUAUAAGAUGCUUCGUUUUUCUGAUUCUGAUAAAGCAGUUAUUGGGGAGGUUUAUGAGCAAAUGGAUACAAUGUUAGGAAAUAUCAAAGACUCUCUUUGUAAUGAUCUUACAAUCUAUGAUUUGGUUCAACAAUAUGUGGUGGCAAGAUGGGAUAAAAUGAAUAUUCCUCUACAUUGCCUUGCAUAUGUUCUUGUUCCUAAGUACUACACAAAUUCUUGGCUUUCACAGCCAGCUCCUGGUGGUGUGAGUAGGAAGAAGCCUCAUUUUGAUAAAGAGGUGCAAACAGGAUAUCUUCAAGCAAUUGAAAAAAUUGUUGUUGACCAAAAUGAAGCUUCUUUGAUACGCCAUCAAAUUAGCGAUUUUGUGAGUAAAAAAGGUGUUUUUGCACAACCCCAAGCUGUGAAAGAUAGAGCAACCAUGACUGCAUUAUCAUGGUGGCAUAUGUAUGGUGGGGCUGCUCCUGAAUUGUUUUCAUUGGCAAUAAAAGUUUUGUCACAAAGUGUAAACACUUCUUGUGCUGAGAGAUGUUGGAGUACCUAUUCCUACAUUCACAAUGUGAAAAGGAACAAGUUGAAUGUGGAUCGUGGUGAAAAAUUAGUCUUUGUGCACUACAAUCAUAGGUUGUUGACAAGAUAUAGGGAUGAUUAUGAGGACUUUAAUAAUUGGGAUGCCUAUCCAGAAGAUGCCAACAUAGAGGAGGAUUUCACUACAAUAGAACAAAGGGAUAAUGUGUCUCUCUCAGAUAGUGAAGAGGAUGCUGAAAACAACUUUGAUGAUGUUGGUGUUCCAAGCCUAGCUUUAACUGUUACUGCCUCUCCAUCUUGCCCACCUCCAACUCCAACUAUUCAAGAGUCUUCUUCAAUGGAGAAGAUAGAGAGAGCACAGAGGAGGCUUGAAAAGGCAAGGGGUAAAAAGCAAAAGAAAUGA